UCGGGUUACUUCGACAUUGUUGGCAUUUCCGCCUCCCUUUUCGUGUGUGUGUGUUUGGGUGAGGGUGUUUGUGUGCAGCACGGUCCGUGUCUUGUCUUUCAGGUUUGUCCUUCCCUGACGCAAAGGCGGUGACGCUGUUGCCUGAGAGGCGUGGACUGCUGUUUUGUUUUUUUUUUGCUCGGCUUUUUAAUCAUGUUGCUCUGUGACUUUGUGGAGAUGUUGACGGAAACGUGAGGGAGUGCGAUUCAGGCUGCUCUUCUGCCUCACACACCGACACACACACACACACGACACUCACACACACACACGCGUGUUGUGUGUCCCUUGGCAUGGCGGGCGAGUGUGUGAUCAGGGGUACGGACCUGAAGGAGCUGGACGAGGAGGGACUAUGGGAACUGAUCAACGACCACAGGCAUCGGAUCUCCCUGGGGGUCCGGCCGUGCAUGCUGAUCCCCUACCUGAGGCAGGCCAGGGUGCUGAGCGAGCUGGACGAAGACGAGAUCCUCUCCUGCCACAACCUCCACAACCGCUCUAUGAGAACCAGUUACAUGCUGGACCUUCUGAGGACUCAAGGGAGGAACGGUGGCGUGGCCCUGCUGGAGAGUCUGAUGAUCCACUACCCCUGUCUCUACACCCAGGUCACCGGGCAGAAGCCCAGCACAGAGCCAUCCAAAUUCAGCGGCCUGAUCAAGUACUCAGAGCUGACAGAGUACCUGGUGCGGGCCGUGACGGGCAUGCAGAAGGAACUCCAGGAGGCGCGCAACGAGGCGGGCCGGCAGGGUGGACGCUGCACCGCCCUGCAGGCGGAGAUGGACCUGAUGACGGAGGCGGAGGAGAAAUCCCGCCGCUUCCGCUUGGAGAACGAGCACAUGCGGCGGCAGCUGGCGGCGGCGAACCGCGAGCUCACCAAGCUGAAGGACGAGCGGUGCGACCUGUACGUGCGCCACACCGCCGCCAUCGAGGAGAAGUCGGCCGUGAACAUCCGGAGCCGGGACCUCACCCUGCAGGUGUACCAGCUGCAGACGGAGCUGCAGAAGGCGCAGGCUGAGACGGACUACCAGAAGCGGCGCUCGCUGAAGUGUGCCUCGCCGGCAGAGACCCAGCAGCUGCGCGAGGAGCUCAGCGCGCUGCGCAGGGACAUCAUGAUGGUGGAGAAGUUCAGCCCGGCCCAUGAGGACAUCCUGGCCCAGGACCUGGCUGAGGCCCGGGAUGGACGCAUGGAGCUGGCCGAGCAGCUGAGGAGCUACAGGGACGAGAACGAACGGCUGCUCCGAGAGAAGGAAGAGUCCCUGGACCAGAAGGAGCAGCUGGCACUGCAGGUGAAGCAGCUCACCUUGGACUGUGACAUGUUCAAGGAGAAGAGCUCCGUGAUCCAGGGCCAGAUGAGAGAGCUACAGGACGAGAGAGACCAGGCGUAUGCGUCCCGGGACGAGGCCCAGGCCCAGAUCAGCCGCAGCCUGGCCGACAAGGACACCCUGCGCUCCCAGAUAGUGGAGCUCCAGGAGAGGCUGUUCUCCUGCCAGGGGGCCCGGACCCCCACCACCGUCUGCCUUUACUCCGCCGAUUCGGGGGGCUCCUGGGACAGCCUGGGCUCCAGCAGUGAGGACUCCAGCGGGACCCCCCCCCGGCCCCCCCUCCGCCGCACGACGGCCCUCGACCCCACAGACUACCCCUUCUUCAACUCUGAGUCUGAGGACGGCCCACUCUGCAGCAUUCGCUCCCUGACCGUGCAGCCGCCGGGGCCGGAGUCACUGCGCCGACGUGAGGGGGAGCUAUACGCCGAGAGCAGCCCAGAAACAGCUGAAAUCUGCCCCCCGUUGGACGACUUUGUGUUUCUCCCAAACGAAUUCGAGACGGAGGCGUCGGGUGGGAGGUGUCCUUCCAGGGGCAACGGGGCAGACAGAGGCUCCGCCCCUCCCUUCCUGAUGCGGUCGCGGCCCAAGGCGGUGCGUCUCUUCGGCCGUGUGCUCACCAUCUCCUUCCAGGGGAAGGACCUGCUCGCCCAGCUCUCCGUCGUCGGGGGCAACAAGACGGGCGUGUUCGUGAGCGGGGUAGUGGAGGGCUCGGCUGCGCAGACCGUGGGCAUCAGCCCCGGGGCGCAGAUAGUGGAGGUGAAGUUCGAGCACGACCAGCAGUCCCUGAGCAUGGUGCUGCAGGACUCCACCCUAGAGGAGGCCCUGUGGGCCCUCGGCCAGGUCAGGGGCCUCUGCCACCUCUCCCUGCGCUCCAGCCAAGACGCCUAUGAGAGCCUCCUGCAGCGGCCCCCGAGCGGCGCGGCCCCCUCCGGGGACUCCUUCUACGUGCGGGUCAACAUGGCCAUCCCCCGGGGGCCCGGGUGCCCGCUGGCCGUGGCCUGCAACGACAUCCUCCACGUGACCAACACGUGCCCCCCCGGGGGCAAGAGCACCUGGGAGGCCAGCCACGUCCACCCCAGCCAGCUGGUAGACCUCCAGGGGGGCACCAUCCCCAACUACUACAGGGCCCAGCGGCUUCUGAUCAGAGCCAUCGAGUACAUGAGCUUCCAGACCAAGACAGGCGGCAAGGUAACCGCCGUCCCCAUCCCCCACCUAAUACGAUAAAUAACACUCAUUAAAAAAAAAGAAGCUUUUCGGUGCCUCGGUCGAGGUUCCUUCACGGAGGCCCCGUGUUCGUGUCUUGGUGGUGGUGGCGGUGGUUGCCAUGGCGACGGGGCGUGUGACGUGACGUGACGUGCUGGGGCGUGU